AUGCAUCGUCCCAGCAUCCUCACUCGAGGCAAUGGCCUGAAAAGGCUCGUCAAUGCUCCGCGGAGCCGUCGCAGCUACGUGACCGAGGCCGACGUCGAAUCGGCUCGGCGGUACUGCUUGAAGCAGCUUCAGACAAGCGACUACGAUGCUCACCUCAUCCGCCGCUUCAUGCCUCCUCCCGUCCAGGACACAUACGCCGCCCUCCGCGCACUCAACCUCGAGCUCGUCCGGCUGCCCGAGAUGGUGUCCAAUCCCACCAUUGGCGUCAUGCGCAUGAAAUUCUGGCACGAAUCUAUCGACAAGACGUUUUCCGGGCAGCCUCCGCGCGAGCCAAUCUGCAUCCUGCUCCACCAGGCGCUGCAGCAGCUCGAGCAACGGGCUGGCGGCUCGUCGACGACAAAGUCGAUCAAAUUCUGGGUCUCGCGCCUUAUCCGGACGCGGGAGAGGCACAUGGACAAUCGGCCCUUCGCAACCCUGGCCGCUCUGGAAGACUAUGCCGAGAACACGUACUCCACGAUGCUGUAUGCGACUUUGGCAUCCAUGCCGUUGCGGUCAAUGCACGUGGAUCACCUGGCCAGCCAUAUCGGCAAGGCGUGUGGCAUCGUCGCUGUGCUUCGGGGAGUGCCCGUCCUCGCCGCCCCCGCGCAGCCCGUCCAGACUCCCUCCGGCCUCGAAACCCCGAGUCGCAACCAGGCCCUGCUGCUGCCCCUCGACAUCUUGGCCGAGGAGGGUGUCGUCGAGGAGCACGUCUUCCGGCAGGGCCCCAACGCGCCCGGGCUACAGGAUGCCGUCUUCAGGGUGGCCACGCGCGCCAAUGACCAUCUCAUCACAGCGCGGGAGAUGCUCAAGAGGUUAAAAGCGGGGCAGGAUCCCGGCCACGACUUUGAGCAUCAGGGCGAGGGCGAGCACCAGUAUCAGUAUACUGAUGAGAGUGACACUGUCCGCGAUGUGCGGAGAGGCUUUGGCGUGCUUCUCGAGGCCGUCCCCGCGGCUCAAUGGCUGCUCAACCUGGAAAAGGCCAACUUUGACCCGUUUGCCGUCAAGAGCAGCGGGUGGAGGCUGCCGUGGGGCAUCUGGCAAGCUCUGUCCAAGGAGAGGAUAUAG